AUGAACCAGCCUACAUCUAACUCAUCGUUGAAACAAAGACACUUGAGUCAUCUAAAUUCUCAAUUAGCCCAGUUACAUGCGAACUUAUCUGACUUUAAUGAAUUGAUAAACACUACAUCAGCGCAGUUUAAAUCCAUAGAGAAAAUGGGCAUAAUGCAUGGUUCGUUAUUCAUGGCCAGUCAUACCGUAUUUGAAAAUGAUAACUUUAGUCUGAGCGAACGUCAGGUCUAA